AUGUCGCCUGAGCGGAUCCCCUCCGAGACCUCUCCGUUGCUGGUGCCCGGCAACGGUACUGUCACUACCGGAGCAAUAGACAUCCCCCGGGAAGAGUGGGCAGAACCAAGGGAUGAUGACGAAGAUCAGGCUAAGGAGCCAUUUCCCGAUGCGCAAGCGCAACUCAAAUGGAUUAUUCCGGCCAUUUCAUUAGGUAUCUUCAUGUCAGCUGCGGAUCAGACCAUCAUUAUGGCCAGUUAUGGACAGAUUGGUAGCGAUUUGAAAGCUUUGAAUCUAACCAGCUGGAUUGCCACUUCAUACUUCCUGACCUUAACCUCGUUUCAACCGUUAUACGGAAAAUUAAGCGAUAUCUUUGGCCGGAAGGCCUGUCUGCUUUUUGGAUAUGCCGUCUUUGGAAUUGGUAAUCUAGGCUGUGGACUUGCACGUAAUAUCAAUGAAUUGAUUGCGGCACGCGUGUUCCAAGGCAUUGGAGGUGGGGGUAUGACCACUGUUGUCAGUAUCUUAAUGAGUGAUAUUAUUCCCCUCCGCGAUCGAGGUCUUUGGCAAGGUAUUAUCAAUCUCGUCUAUGCCACUGGAUCGAGCGCGGGCGCGCCUCUGGGCGGGAUCCUAGUUGAUUACAUCGGCUGGCGUUGGGCUUUCCUCUUGCAAUUUCCCAUUUGCAUACUGGCUAUCAUUGCUGUAUCUUUCAUGCUCAAGCUCCCAGCCCGCGAAAACACACACUGGAAGGCGAAGCUAAAGCGCGUUGACUUCCUUGGCGCGGUUGUCCUCGUCGGUGCUGUUCUAGGUCUCCUGGUUGGUCUGGAUCGAGGCAGCAACGUUUCAUGGACAAUGCCGCUGACCAUCAUUUCACUGAGCCUGUCCGCGUUCUUCUUCGUUCUCUUUGUCAUUGUGGAACUAUACGUCGCAGCUGAACCUUUUGCGCCGGGUCGCAUCAUCUUCAACCGCACCUUUUUCUCAUUAUAUUGCUGCAACUUUUUCAGCUUUGGGGGCUGGUUCGCCGCCCUUUUCUAUAUACCACUCUAUUUCCAAGCCGUUGACGGCGUAUCAGCCUCAAUUGCUGGAUUGCGCUUAUUGCCCAGCAUUCUAUCUGGUGCGACCGGAUCAAUUCUCGCCGGUCUCAUCAUGAAGUGGACUGGGAAAUAUUACUGGCUCACGCUUGCAGCAUACUCAUCUUUGACCUUAGGCUGCUUCUUGAUCUACCUUACUUCAGGUGGCGCCAUGACAAGCACUAUCGGCAUGAUCCUAGGGAUGGUCAUGUCGGCAUUUGGUAAUGGAAUCGGUGUCACAUCGACUUUGAUCGGCUUAAUAUCGAACUCAACAAUGGAGGACCAGGCAGUGGUCACCGCAUGCUCAUACCUCUUCCGAUCUUUGGGUUCCGUAAUUGGGAUUUCACUGUCGUCAAGUCUGGUGCAACAGCUUCUGCGAGAGCGACUUCAUUCCGAUCUACAUGACAGCAAAAAUAUUGAUGAAAUCGUCAAUCAUGUUCGAGAGAGUCUCAAUUAUAUCAAAAAAUUGGAUCCGGAGGUUGCCAAGAUUGUCCGCAACUGCUACGCCUGGGCGACUAACAAGGGUUUUGGCUUUCUGGUCGUGGUGGUUUUCUUCGCCCUUUUCAGCGCCUGCUUUAUGCGUGAGGCCAAACUCAAACGGUGA